CCACCCAAAGGCUGUUGCACUGCCACUGACUGCAAAGCCAGUAGAGUCCAUGGAUCUCAUGGUCUGAUUGAGGACCAUUGAAAAAUGUCGGUGUAUGGUGUGAUGAAAUCAACUGAGGCGAUCGCGUGACUCGAUGACGAUGGGGAAGGUAUAGCACCUGCCAGUGACGCUUCCUGUUUGCAGCAUGAAAAAAGUAAAACAUGAUAUAUUGUCUUGUUCAAAUCUCUCAGACUACUUAAAAAAGUUUAAAUGAAGGAGUAAAUAAAGUGCAAUCCGAAUAACAGUCAGGAUCCAUUAUUCUGGCUAGGGAUGUCGUCACAUACAAGGAAUUUAGUUCUGAACGUUGGUGAGUAAAGCAAUUUCUGUUGUUCAGCGGGAAAGAUGUUAAAUUCCUUGUGAACCCACAGCGGCCAAACCACUCAAUGACAAUACAGGCAAGAUACAGCUUUUAUUUAAAGACUAUACGCAUAUAUACAGAUAAAAUACAAGUUUGUGUGGCAGUGCAAACGGUAUUCUACAAGAUGUAGAUGUGAUGUGUGUAAUGAAUGCAUAUGAAAUUAGAAACGAUAACGAUAACUUUGAUGAUUCUGGUUAGCUGAUCCAUGCUGAAUCGACCCAUGUCUGCCAUAUCAUAAAGGGGUGUGAAUACUGUUUUAUGGAUCUCAUGUUCUGCACUCACUGGCACUAGAAGUCUGUGUGAUUGAAUCCCCCAUCUCAGCCAUGCGCUGUCGUCACUGUGCUCAUGGUGUGCACUCCUUGCGCGAAUGAGGAAAUGAUCGGAGUUUACUGUAAUCUGAGUUCAACAGCACAUGUAUUUCCCCGUGCUCAAGUUAUUCCUUCAAAACGCAGAAUGACAACUCGUUGUAGAGGUAUAUGCCUGGUGGUGGUGUGUCUGAGUGGGAUUAGAGCUGCAGAAAGCCUGACCUGUACAGUUCACCUGCUAGAGAAUGGAUCUGCUCUGUAUAAGAUCAGUGAACCAGCAGAGCCCAACUGGGAAGCUGACUGGGCUAUCGGCGGUACGAAUGUUGCCAAUGACGAAGAAUUCAACAGAACUUUAGUGGUGCAGAACACGGGAAACAGUCUUCUUCUCAAAGCCUAUCACCCCAAUACCACAUAUAUAGCGGACUACUCUAAGUGGCCUGUUAAAGUCUCCUGCAAUGGCCCUGCUUCUUCAAGUCUGAGUGAGGCUCCACAUGAUGCCAACAAGCAAAAUCGGGGAACCAAAUUGGCUGGUGGUGUCAUUGCCCUCAUUGUCAUCGCCCUCCUUGUCAUCGCCCUCCUUGUCAUCCUAUCAGUUGUCUUCUGCUGGAAGAAAAAGAAGGGAUGUUUCCGGAAGAAAGAAAAGGAGCAAGGAGAUCCUGAGGUCUCUGAGCCGCUGAAGGAUGAUGGCAUCAGUAUUGAGAUGGUGUGUACAGUGUAGAUGUUUCCAGCUGAAGGAUGGCCGCAGCAGUCAUGAGAUGGUGUGAGCCGGCUGACCCCCAUUAGUACGGUGCCAGUACCUUCCUGUCCAACCUCUCCUUCUGGUCUUUUCUUUCUGCCUUUUAUUGUUUGUCAUGUCACAUUUUGGGAAGGCUUAUGCUUAGGUACUGCAUUUAAUGUAUUCAAACUGCAAUACUUUAGUAAAAUGCUAUGCAGCGCUGCUUUGUAGGAUAGAUUAUGCACAUAGUGUUCAAUAUGAUGCAUGUUACUAGUGAGCUUUUUGUUUCCCUGCACUCAUACAGUUUCAAUCCACCAAUGACUCAUUUCAAAAGCAUUCAUCACAUCUGAUGACGUGGCUCAUUACUAAGAAGGGCUGUUUUCUUAAUACUGUAAAUGCCAUACAACAGUGGUCAAAAGCAGACAGAAGGGAGCACUAUAAGGUCAGUACACUGGAAUGGAAGGGAAGUUAUUCACGAGCAUUAAAAACCUAUUUCAUGAAUGCAAACUGCAAACUAUGAUGUUACAGAGAUGCCAGUGAGUCUCAUGUGUAAACAAAACACUGAAUAUGUAUUUCAGAUUAGCUUGUUUUUAGAAGGGAAGGGGUAAAAGUUGAAAUUACUUUGUUUGAAAAUGCAGGGAGUGUGUGUGUGUGUGUGUGUGUGUGUGUGUGUGUGUGUGUGUGUGUGUGUGUGUGUGUGUGUGUGUGUGUGUGUGUGUGUGAGUGAAGUAGCAGAAAAAGCAUUACAGAAAAUCCCCUUGGAUAAUAUUAUGAACCGUGAAGGUAGAGUGAUGACAAAAGGGUAGACAAUCUCAUAUGCUGCAAAUGUCGCCAGUCAGUCACCAGCCUUUGAGCUGUGGAAGCGUCAAAGCUGUGCCAGUGAGCACACAAUGAGUUAAUCCCUUUAGUGUAAAUCAGUACUGUUUUAAGCAAGAGAGCAUAGCAUACUAACUCUUGUUUCGCAGUUAUCAACAUGGGUAACUCCAGCUUUACUCUGGGCUUUAACAAUGAGUAAACCCUUUAGUGUAAAUCAGUUCUAUUUAUAAUCAAAAUAGAUGAGAUUAUAGUGUAAGAAAACGGUUCUGGGCAGUAUGUGCCAGGAGCACCUUUACAAGGAGUAAACUGCAGUGCUUCUUUUGUUGUUCAAAACAAUAACAUUUGCUGUAGCUUGUCAGACAUGUUUUAUAUACCCUAGCCAUAUCCAUUUGAACUGACUGUUAUGUUGUUAAUCAAGGUGUGUGAUUUUGAGCCUGUAAAAGAGAGGCUCCUAUGCUGCAUAUGUUGCCAGUCAGUCACCAGUGUUUGAGCUGUGGAAGCGUCAAAGCUGUGCCAGUGAGCACACAAUGAGUUAAACCCUUUAGUGUAAAUCAGUACUGUUUCUAACCAAGAGAGCAUAGCAUACCAGCUCUUGUUUCGCAGUUAUCAACAUAGAUAACUCCAGCUUUACUCUGGGCUUUGGAAGGAGAGACUCAAAGCUUUGUCAGUGAACACAAAACGAGUUGAACCCUGUAGUGGAAAUCAAUACCGGUUUGACCCAG